AUGGCAGGUGCUGCCCAGCUUUUCCUGCUGUGCUGCCUGCUUCAAGGUAGUUUAUGCCAAAACUGGGCGAGCUUCAUGCCUCAGAGUCUACAGGGACUCAGUGGGUCCUGUGUGAGGAUCAACUGCACUUUCAGCAUUCUCCCAACAUCUGAUAAAGACCUGGAUGAUACCUGUGUAGCCAAAUGGACAAUAGGCAAUCCGUUUGGGCAAACUGUGUUUAACUCUGGGCUCACUGGACAAAGUGCAAACAUUCUGCAAGGAAACCUAACAGGAAACCUGCGUACAAAGAACUGCACCACCGUCUUCCACAACAUGUCACCAAAAGAUAAUAACAAAUAUUACUUCAGACUGGAGUGUACCAACGCUUUGAGGUUCAGCUUUCCAUCAAACGUCCAGAUCACCAUAACAGACUCACUGCCUAAACCGGUCAUAACUCCACCCUCGGGGGAGGUGGAAGAAGGAGCUCCAGUGAGGGUGGAGUGCUCGGCUGUAGCUCCCUGCCCCCUUCUUCCCCCGGCUCUCACUUGGACCCCUGCUAUAGGUGACGUUAAGAAGAACCAACAAGCUGCAUCUGUAACCUCCGUUAUGACCUUCACUGCUUCCCGCCUCCACAACGGACAGAGGUUACAGUGCUCUGCUCUCUACAGCCGACAGGCUGGAAACACUGACCUUCAGUAUGAAAAUAAUCUGACCCUCCGCGUUCUCUAUCCUCCAAACAACACAUGGGUCAGCCACUCCAGUCCCGUGAUAGAGGGCACCUCGGUGAACUUGACCUGCAACACCGACGCAAAUCCGUCCGCGGACAAGUUCACCUGGUACAAAGUGGAUGGAGAUCAGGUGGAGGCAGUGGGUUUCCACGCUUUGCUUUCCACUAAUGUCUCAGAGGCGGACAGCAGCUUCUUCUGCCAAGUCGGUAACAGAUAUGGAAGCCAGAACUCGUCCACCACUCAGAUAGACGUACAGUUUCCUCCCAAGGGAACCACAGUCAUUGUCCAACCCGACGGUCCCAUACUGGAGGGGGUCUCCGUGUCUCUGCUCUGUAAGAGCCGUGCCAACCCCCCCGUGACCAACUACACCUGGUACAAAGAUGAUGAGAAGAAGGUGUCUGGGUCGAGCUUGAAUAUAAGCAACGUCGACCCGAGCCACAGAGGUCACUACCGCUGUGAGGCCAGAAACGAGCUGGGGGAGGGUCAGUCAGCAGCGACACAGCUGGACAUUCAGUACCCCCCUCAGAACACCUCGGUGUCAGUCGACCCCUCUGGUCCGGUGCCGGAUGGCAGCUCCGUCACUCUGACCUGCACCAGCAGUGCCAACCCAGCAGCAGUUAACUUCAGCUGGUUCAGAGUUGCUGGAGGAGAGAAGAAGCUGAUAAGCUCGGAGCGAGACUUCACCUUCAAAGUGACCAAACUCUCACACGACCAGUAUUUCUGUAAAGCUGUGAAUGUCCACGGAGACGACGACUCAGAGCUCCACAGUAUCGACGUCACAUUUGCUCCACAGAUUCUUCCUUCUUCAAGUUGUGUCAGGAACAGUUCCCUGAUCCGAUGUGAUUGCAUCAGCCAGGGGAACCCUCUUCCCUCCCUUUUUUGGGAAUUGGCUGGAGAGGCUGUCGAUCACUCUGUCAUCCCAACCACAGAAGUUCCCCUUGGGAGUUUAGUUAAGUGGAGCCAAAUCACCCUGAACUAUUUGGACAAAGACGUGUCCUCUCUGGUCUGCCUUAGUAACAACUCUGUGGGCUCCGAUCGCUUCGUAUUCAACGCCAAAACUAAUCUAGACUCUUUAGGCCUCCAUCCUUUGUCUCUAUUCUUCGGCUCUUUGGUGGGAGCCAUAGGGAUGAUGCUGGUUUGUGGGCUGAUGUUACUAAUCUUUGUCAGAAAAGGAAAAAUAGAGCUUUCAACAAAGAAGGGAUCAGAGGACACUUCUAAAGUUGUAGUUGCUGAUGGGACCAGAUCAUCAAACGUCAACGUGAUUUAUGACAAUAAAGCCAUUCUGGAAGAGAAUGAGGAAGAAUCUCUUCACUAUGCCAGUGUGAACUUUGCUAAACUCAAGGAUAAUUCAAGGGGUAAGCUCGGGAAAGAGGAGGUCAGAGGCCUGGCCUCUAAUACGUCUGAGUAUGCUGAGGUCCGUUUGUCCUCCAGAGGAAGCAAUUGAGGACACACAAGGGAGGAAGAGACGGAGGCCGACGUCUAUCAGGGGGAAGGGAUGUUGUCAUAGGAACAGGACUUUACUGUAUCAGCAGGGCUGUGGAGAUAGAAACCACACUGCAGGCCACCUUAUGCAACCUGAGUAAUGUCUCACACUCACACCUUUAUUUCAUUUUCUAAAAGCCACUGUAUGGCAUUUUGAAAA